UCUAAAGCAGAUGGUCUUGUUUUAGGGGCUAUCCAGAUUAUGAUUGGCAGUUUUUACGUUCUCAUGUGGUAUUUCCUAUUGAUCUUGUAUUUGACACAAAUUGAAGGAGUCUUUGGGAUUUAUGACCCUAUAACUUUCAGAACAGCAUGUUUUUUAUGGGGGCUUACUUUUAUCAUUUCAGGAGUAGUGGUAAUAGGAGCAACAAGGCACCCAACUCUACAAAUGAUUAUAUACGCCUUGAUCACGAACAUCUUCAGUGUAAUUGUUGCAGUUGCUUCAGGAAUUCUAAUAAUUAUGGAGUUGUCUGAAUUUAAUUCUAUAUCAUAUAGGAAUUUUGGACAAGCGAAAGUUGGGCGGGUAGUUUCACGUAUUUUAAUGACCUUCUACCCACUGGAAUUUUGUAUUGCACUUACAUACUCAGUCUUCUGCUGUCUUAAUUUGCUGGUGCCGGUGCUGCGGGAUCGCAAAUGA